AUGGACAUGGACAUAGAUGACGCAGAAUCAUCAACCUCGUCGCAUUCAGAAUCGCGCCUCCCUCACGACGUCCCCUACCCCACAACAGCAAACGAAAUAAUUGAGGACUUCACAGAAAAAGCCUCAGCUCGAGUCUCCUCGUCUAUUGACCUAGAAGAACUCAAAGAUGACAGAACCCCAGAUAUCAAACCCAGACCAUAUCAAUUUGAGAUGUUCGAGGAGAGCUUGAAGAGGAAUAUUAUUGUUGCUCUCAUCUGGUUCCUGGCCCCGACUGUUCCCCUCGGCGAGCAGCAGUUUGAGUACAUCAAAAAGCAUAUAAGUUCUGUCCAAGUAAAGUUUCUUAGUGGAGCAGAUGGCGUUGAUCGUUGGACUGAGCAAAGUCUAUGGGAUGCAGUUCUGGAAAAUGUUAAGAUUGUUGUUUCGACUUACCAAAUAUUGCUUGAUGCCCUCACCCAUACCUUCAUUCGGAUGGAGUCGUUGUCUUUGAUAAUCUUUGAUGAAGCACACAAUUGCGUUGGGAAACAUCCAGGCUCUAAGAUAAUGCGGAGCUUCUACCACCCCAGGAAAUCCCAGGGUCUUAGUAUUCCACAUAUCUUGGGACUUACAGCCAGCCCCGUCAUGCGCUCGAACCCAACCUCGCUCAUAAAUAUCGAGGAAACAUUAAAUGCCAUUUGUCGCACGCCUAAGAAACACCGUGCUGAGUUACGGCUUCAAGUCAAGCUUCCAGUCCUAUCAGAAAUCUAUUUCGAGAGUCUUCCCUCGGAACAAGAACUUACUGGAUACACCAGAACGAUUCAGAGCCUUGGAAUGGCCUUUAAAGCCCUUAGCAUCACUGACGAUCCUUAUGUUCGCGGCUUGCGACGAGACGGAACGGAGAGGAGCUUGAGAAAAUUGGAGAAAGUUCUUCUCAACCACAAAACUUGGUGCUUUUCUCAAAUGAAAACUUUCUAUGGCAUGGCUUUGACGAUUUGCAGAGAGUUGGGACCCUGGGCUGCAGACUACUAUGUCUCAGAAGUCAUAACUAGAUUCCUCAAAGCAACCCAAGAAGCUAAUGGUGACCUGGGCAGCGUGUUUGAAGUGACAGAAGGAGAAAGGCAAUACCUUGGCAAGGCAUUGCAGCGAGUCAAAAUCAUCAGCACUGAUUACACUUCCCUGGAAGCGACCCUCAUUAUUUCAGACAAAGGCCAGCAGUUGAUUGAUAUCCUCACACAGGAGCCUCGGUCCUUUAGAGGGAUAGUUUUUGUCCAAGAAAGAGCGGUGGUGUCUGUCCUCGCGCAUCUCAUUUCUAUCCACCCAGAAACCCGCGAUCGGUUUAAUUUAGGGACCAUGGUCGGUACAUCUAGCCACUACAAUCGGCCGAACAACAUUGCGGAGUUUGUCCGGGUGGGUUCGCAGGUUAACACCCUUCCAGAUUUUCAAUCGGGAAAGAUCAAUCUUGUCAUAGCGACUAGCGUCCUCGAGGAGGGAAUUGACGUUCCUACCUGUAAUGUUGUGAUUUGCUUUCAGAAGCCAGCUAAUUUGAAGUCCUUUGUUCAACGCCGCGGUCGUGCUCGACAAAGAGACUCAAAGCUUAUCCUCCUCCUUGAGUCCAUAAAUAAUAGAAAGAGUGAGUGGCAGCAGCUUGAGCUGGCUAUGAAAAAGCUCUAUGAAGACGAUAUGCGUCGCCUUAAGGAGAUUAUGGCGAUCGAAAGCACGGAAGAGCAUGAUGGACGCAGCUUCCUAGUCGCAAGCACAGGUGCUCUACUCGAUUUCGAUAACGCUGUCAGCCAUCUAUACCACUUUUGCGCCACUCUGCCAGCGAAAGACUAUGUGGAUAAUAGACCUGAAUUCAUUUGUACUAGUAAGGAUGAGGAUGUUGGGUCACUCAUUAGAGCAAGAGCAAUUCUCCCAGUCUCAGUCCAUAAGGCAGUACGAGAGGCUCACAGCAAAACCCUUUGGACCAGCGAGAAGAAUGCUAUCAAGGACGCGGCGUUCGAAGCAUAUCUUGGACUUUACAAGGCAGGACUUGUUAAUGAACACCUGUUGCCUCUUCUGAGGCAUGAUGUUGAUGUGACUGAGUUGACAUCGACGAGAGUUGAGAAGCAGGCAUCUAUCAUGAGUGUUGAUGAGUUAUAUAACCCCUGGAUCGACGUUGCUAAAGCGUGGAACGAACAUGGCCAAUGCGGCUCUGUGAGUCUGAGGCAAUCAACAGUUGGUAUAGGCGGAUUGGAAAUUGAGGCAUAUCUCCCUGUUGAGAUCCCCUUUGUUAAGCCAUUCAAGCUAUACUGGGACCGCGAGACUGAAGUUACGGUCACUAGCAUUGCAAAAGGAGCUGCGAGAACGGGGCAAUCUGUUUCAAAAACUACAGAAGAAACUUGGUCGAUACUCCAUUCCGCAUUUGGUUGGCGAUUUCCCGUUCGAAAGACGGGGUUUCUUAUGCUGUUUUCAAUGCAGUCCGAGAAGCCACCCCAGGAUUUAAUGGGCAAUCAAACAGCGGUUGGAAAAUCCCACUUUUCCUCAGACCCUUCAUCGACCGGCUUCAUUCGACAAAUUAUGGAACCCAAUAUCAGAUAUAUUUACAAGUCAUUCCUUGCAAACAAGCCUCGAUUCGAGGAUGUUCAGCGUCCAUACUACGAAUAUGACGCUGCCGCUGACGCCCCCCACCUUUCUGUCGUGGGUUUCCCAAAACGGCUGGAUUUCUUACACAAGGAAUUAAAUAGCGAGAAUACUUCUUCUAGGAAGCCGCAUUCUGUGGUGUUACCCGCGAUGAGCUGUAUCGUCGAUGAUAUGCCAUUUAGAUAUGUCCAAUUUGGGUUAUUCAUCCCAGCAAUAAUGCACCGUUUCAAGGUAUCUUUAAUCGCAGAGAGACUGUCAACAUCCAUUCUCAGAGCAGUCAAUAUCUCCGAGCUUAGCUGGGUCAUCACAGCUAUCACCGCAUCUAGUGCUUUUGAGGAUAGCAAUUACCAACGCCUAGAAUUCUUGGGGGAUUCGAUUUUGAAGUUAUGUGCGUCGGUACAGUUGGUUGCUGAAUAUCCACUCUGGCAUGAAGGAUACCUAUCAGCCAAGAAGGAUAGGCUAGUGGCGAAUUCUCGACUCUCCCGGGCGGCUGUUGAGCUCGGAUUGGACUCCUUCAUCAUCACCAAAGCAUUCACAGGGUUGAAAUGGCGACCACCUUAUGUAGAAGAUUUGCUUAAAGCACCCAUGACUGGCAAGCGACAGCUCUCCUCGAAAGUCUUGGCUGAUGUAGUUGAAGCCCUCAUUGGAGCAUCAAGGGUAGACGGUGGUAUUUCCAAGGCCCUCAAAUGUAUUCAGGUCUUCCUCCCCGAACUCAACUGGCAAGCUCUCGAAAGUAGACAAGCAAGUCUAUAUCAACGAGCUCCCGAAAUUCCCCUUCCCGAGACCUUGAAACCCGUCGAGGAGAUAAUCGGCUACACAUUCAAGAAGAAAUCUCUGCUCGUCGAAGCCAUGACUCACGCCUCAUGUGUCAACAUCGGCUCCCAAUCCCUAGAACGUUUUGAAUUCCUCGGAGAUUCCCUCCUGGACAACAUCAUCGUCGAGGCUAUGUACGCGCACACACCACCACUAUCACACUUCCAAAUGCAUAUUCUGCGCACCGCACUCGUAAAUGCCGAUUUCCUCGCGUUUUUCUGUAUGGAAUGGAGCAUGUCCCAAGAUACCAAUGAGCUCCUUACCACCAAGAGCGAUAUAGAGAACCUAGAGAAGUCCCAAAUACCUUAUAUCACUAAGUCGACGCAAAAGCCCCUCCAUGCCUUCCUGCGCCACACAUCUCCCCCGUUAGCACAGGCCCAAACUAACACCGCCAAACGACAUGCCCAUCUCCGGCACGCCAUUGCCGCAGCCAUCGAAACCGGGACCCGUUACCCAUGGGCUCUCCUGGCGCGGCUAGAAGCCCAUAAAUUCUACAGCGACUUGGUGGAGAGUCUCCUCGGUGCGGCGUGGAUUGACUCCGGUAGCCUGGACACGUGCAGGGCGAUGAUGGAGAAGAUGGGAAUUCUGAAGUAUUUGCGACGGAUUUUGAAUUCUGCAACGUCUAAGGAAGGGAAUCCUAUUAGGAAGGAAUUGGGGGUGGGGUUUGGUAUCCAUGUUUGGCACCCGAAAGAGGAGCUGGGUAUUUUGGCUGGGAGUAAUGUUGUGAAGUAUAGGAUCUCUACUAGCGAAAAACCUAAGGAUCCUCCUUGUCCUGGAGACGGGGACUUAGAUGGAAGAUUCAUAUGUGAGGUUUUUGUUGGCGAGCGGAAAGUUGUGGAGUGUCAUGGGGGCGUCAACAAGAACGAGGUGCAGACUAAAGCUGCGGAGAUGGCGGUGGAAAUUUUAACACGAGAGAACGAAGCUUCUAUGGACGUUGACGAGGAAAAUGUCAGGACUCUAUGUGCUGGUUCUGCUGUUAGUUAG